AUGAUCGCCUAUCUAAUUGACAGCAUUGUGGGACUAACCAUUUACUGUGCUUAUUCGAUGUUCAUCAUGGUUCAUAUUGGCUGCAUUGUUGGUAGCUGCUUUUGCAGAUGCUGCCCCUGCAAACCCUGGAUUAAACGUAUUACCCUAGAAGUUGCUCAAUAUUUGUAUGGACCUUCAUCAAUUACAAAGAAAAACCAGAAAGAGGAAAGAGUAAUCAUGGAUGAUUUCAUAGAAACAAUAAUUUUUAGAAAUACAAUGGCUAUUGGAAAAGGAACAGCCACAAAAUUUGCCCUCUUCAUGGUAAUAAUAUUAACAAUGACUAUGUGCCCAUGGGACCUACUACUGCAAAAAGAAAAGGCAAAAAAUAAGAUCAACGUCUUGCAACCAGAAGAAGACAAUGAAGAAACUAAACCUCUGAUCAGCAAUGGUGGCACUGCAACAAAGGCUUCUUCUUUAUAGACUAUAGGUACGUCACAAACCAAUAGAAUUAAUUAGGUGUAGCAAUUAACAAUUAAUUAUUAUUUUGUAACAAUUUUGAGCUGCAAUGUCAUAAUGUUAUUUUUUAAUUA